AUCCUCUGCAGCCGACAUGGGCGGCGGGUCGGUCCGCAGAUAGACACCGCGACUGACUGUCGACCUGUUAUGGGACCCAGACGGACUUGGCUCCUCUGGGCUCACUGCCAGGAUGGUGAAUCCUCUGGUCCAGACCAGGACAGGAAGAAGCGCUGGGCCGAGCUGUUUGACCAGCUGGACAUCAACAAAGAUGGACGCAUUGACAUCCGUGAGCUGCGGACAGGACUGGCGGGACGAGGGCUUUCCAGAGGCUCCUUGGAGAGGAUCGUGGAGGCUGGAGACACCAACCAGGACGGAGUGCUGGACUUUGAAGAGUUCACACAGUAUCUUCAGGCCCAUGAAAAGCAGCUUAAACUCAUGUUUCGCAGGCUGGAUAGGAACAAUGAUGGUGAGAUCGAUGUAGCAGAGAUUCAGCACUGUCUGCGCUCAAUUGGUUUGAACGUCAGCCUGGAAGAUGCCACCAGGAUUUUACUGAGUAUGGACAAGGACGGCACCAUGACCAUCGACUGGAAUGAGUGGCGAGACUACUUCCUGUUUAACCCCAUCACUAACAUGGAGGAGGUGGCGCGCUACUGGAAACGCUCAAUGAUGUUGGACAUCGGUGAGCAGCUGACAGUCCCAGAUGAAUUCACAGAGGAGGAGAAGAAGUCCGGCUAUGUGUGGCGGCAGCUGAUGGCCGGAGCUUUGGCCGGAUCCGUAUCUCGGACUGGAACUGCUCCUUUAGACCGCAUCAAAGUCUUCAGGCAGGUACACGGCUCAUCUGAUUUUAAGGGGAAUGUGGUGAGCAGCUUUCAGUACAUGGUGAAAGAGGGAGGACUGCAGUCGCUGUGGAGGGGCAACGGAAUCAAUGUUCUAAAAAUUGCCCCCGAGACGGCUAUAAAGUUCACAGCUUAUGAAAAGAUCAAGAGCAUGAUGCGUGGCAGUAAUGAAGCAAGAACUCUGAGGGUUCAUGAGAGGUUUGUCGCCGGCUCUUUGGCAGGAGCAACAGCUCAGACGGCCAUUUAUCCAAUGGAGGUGCUGAAGACUCGACUCACACUGAGAAAAACAGGUCAAUACUCAGGAAUGGCAGAUUGUGUCAAGCAGAUCCUGCAGCGGGAAGGUGUCGCAGCCUUCUACAAGGGCUACGUACCAAACCUGCUGGGUAUUGUGCCGUACGCUGGCAUCGACCUGGCCGUCUACGAGAGUCUGAAGUUUGCUUGGCUGAACAGGAACAGAGGUCUGGCCGAUCCUGGGAUCAUGGUGCUGGUCGGGUGUGGUGCCGUCUCCAGCACAUGUGGACAGCUGGCAAGUUACCCACUGGCGCUGAUCCGCACCCGAAUGCAGGCACAAGCUUCAGUGAAAGGAGCCCCUAAACUCUCCAUGUUGGCUUUGAUCCGCAACAUUGUGACCAAGGAGGGCAUUGCCGGACUUUAUCGAGGAAUUUCCCCCAACCUGCUGAAAGUUGUCCCUGCUGUCAGCGUGUCCUACGUCGCCUACGAGUACACGAGGAUAAUGCUGGGAGUGGACAUCGAGGGUAGGAGGGGAGGAAAGGGGAAAGGGUAGCAAGAGGUUUGGGGUGGCUUUCAUGGCAAGCAUGCACAGAUCUGCUGGCAGCGCAUGAAUGAGGACAUGGGCCUUGACUGUGGAUGUUCCUGAGACUGCACUGGUUUCCAAGAUGAGGAUGACAUAAAAACAACAAAUAAAUGUUAUAUAUAGAGUUAUAUAUGAACUGGCAGCUGCUGGAGAGGAUCAAGUGUGAUAUAUUGGUUUUGAGUGCAUGCCAGCAGUUGUGUGAAAGCUAACCAAGCAGCAUCUUGCACUUGCAGUGACUUGGAAUGAUGAAGAUUUGCAUGAACUUGCCUGAGAACAGUGUACCCAAUCUUGGAAGCUAUGUUACAUUCCUACAGCAUUAUCUUUUCUCCCAGGUGGGAUUUAGAGAAGAUAGAGGACUGAUCCAGUGUACUGUUUUGUAAGUGAGAGGAACCUGAAGGUGCCGCACAUCCACGUGAAGUUCCAGAGUCGGGACUUUGAUUGAAAUGUCUUAAAAUAAUGCUAAAGUAGAGCGGCAGUCAUCAAAGAUAGUUACUGAACUUUGUUCCUGGAGGAGAUGGAGGAGAAAAGAGGAGAAGACACGUUCAACUGUCUCUUUCCUGGAAGGAUUACUACUAAGUAAAGCGCACCGAAAAACUUCACAUUUUACAGGUGAAAAGCUGCCAAAGCUGCAUCAAGAAGCUCAGAGGAUUAAUAGUAACCACCUCUGCAACAUGUGUGUCAUCAGUGUUCACUACAUGGUCCAGUACCACGCAGUAUUUAUAUAAACACUCUGGUAAAGAGGUAACUUUGUAUCACAACUACUGUAUGUGAAAUAUAUUUAAUGCCAAUGAACACUUUUGAUCGUCAGUAUUUAUGGGCAAAUAAAUGCAUGCACGGUGCUGCUUUUCUUA